AUGGAAACCUUUCUGCGGACCAUACAGGAACACAAGAUUACCUUCAUAUACGUCGCACCUCCAGUCAUUGUACGCUUGUCAAGAGAUAAGAUGGUGGACAGGUACGACCUGUCGUCAGUCAAGAUGAUCACCAGCGGCGCGGCUCCUCUCACCAAAGAGCUAGUCGAUACUGUGCAUAAACGACUGAACCUCAAGAUCAACCAAGCAUACGGGCUCAGCGAAACAAGUCCCAUGACACACACUCAGCCAUGGAACGAAUGGUACACCUCCGUCGGCAGCGUCGGAAAAAUGUUCCCCAACAUGACCGCAAAAUACAUAUCCGCCUCCGGCGCCGAACUCGGCCCCGGCGAAGCCGGCGAGCUCUGGCUCAGCGGCCCCAACAUCUUCAAAGGAUACUGGAAGAACGAGUCAGCGACCGCCGACGCCAUAACGCCCGAUGGCUUCUUCAAAACAGGCGACAUUGGCUUCCAGGACGAACAACACAACUUUUACAUCACGGACCGCGUCAAGGAAUUGAUCAAGUACAAGGGUUUUCAGGUCCCGCCUGCGGAGUUGGAGGGGAAGCUCAUGGAGAGCGAACUCAUCGAUGAUGCGGCGGUUAUUGGGGUGAAUGACGAGGAGCAGCAUACUGAGGUGCCGAGGGCGUAUAUCGUUGCUUCGAAGGCUGGUGCUGGGGAGGCAGAAGCGAAGGCUAUUGUGCAGUGGAUGGAUAAGAAGGUUGCGAAUCAUAAGAGGCUAAGAGGGGGCGUGGUAUUCAUUGAUGAGGUGCCGAAGAGUGCGAGUGGGAAGAUAUUGAGACGAGUGCUCAAGGAGAGGAGUAAGGAUGAUGUGCCUUUGGGUGUGGUAGUCAAGGCUAGACUAUGA